GUACGCAUUGCAUAGCUGCACACGCACGUAUAUACACAAAGCAAUGCAAUGGUCAAUAUGAACAGUUAACGAGGCCAACUGACGAAGCAGCAGUCGCGAUGAGAAUCAAUCGGCUGAGUUGUAAUUUUUAAAGGAGUCGUUUAGGAGUCGCGGGAACAAACGGGUUCCAUUGUGCGCGUCGGCGGUUUCAACAAUAGACGGUUUCUGAAUUUACAUGGAAAAAUUGUGGAGUACGGAGGUGAUUGUUUUUUCGACCUGUAUGCCCACAAACGCAUGGACAAAUCGACGCGAAAAAAUUCAGAGAUUUUCGUUCAUAACGAAGAUACGUUCAGCUCGUGCAAUAUUCGCGUUGCAUAAGAUGCAGCAUAUGCCUGUCGUUGCGUCAUCUCACGCUCAUCUGGUCCACCGAUUUCGCGUCAUCGCAGAGACGACGAAAAAACGUAACAGCAUGCCGGAUGUAACACAGAAUCCGCGGAUGUGCAGAUUAUUACGAGCGUCCUUACACAUCCGCGAAGUUCGCAUGAAUGGAAUCGAAUCCGUAGUAAUUCUCACACUUCCGACGCGCUUACGCGAAUGAGUCAUCGCUGAAGCUCGCGGAUCACACUCGGAGGUUUUCAUACAAACGGACGCGUUACUCAUUGCGUGCAACGCUAACGAGUCACGAUGAGUCUGCGAGAUAAUAAAGCCGAUCAUAAGUUUAUUAUAUUUUGGAAAAAUAUAACAUAUCCUCUCUCCUCGAAAGAUAAGAUAACAGACGUAAGACUUGUAUUCCGAGAUCUGGAAGAGAUCGCAAAAAAACCUCGCGUUUUUUUUACUUUUUAUAAUUACAAAGUGACAAAUAUUAAGAAAAUUUA